AAUACAUCAAUCACAAACCACCAGCCUCGACACAAGAACCAAGAACACAAUCGCCGAACGAGCAGCCGGGCUCACGCGGCCACAAUACGGUAACUCGGCUGGCUGCACCGCUCUGUAUCAUCUUUACAUCUACAUCAAAGACGGUCGUCUCCUCGCCCACCAUGUCGCGGCGACACCAGACCCUCCCGCCGGCGCAGACGUCGUCGGCGCGCGAGGCGCUGCAGUCCUUCUACUGCCAGCUCUGCUCCAAGGGCUACACGCGCAUGAACGACUACGAGGCGCACCUCUCGUCCUACGACCACACGCACAAGCAGCGCCUCAAGGACAUGAAGGCCAUGGUGCGCGACCCGGGAGCCGCCGCGCGCGCCCGCAGGGCCGAGGCCAAGGCCGACGCCGUCGUCAGCGUCAAGAUCGGGACCGGAAGUGGAAGUGGAAGUGGAAGUGGAAGUGGAGGAGGAGGCUUCAAGAAGGGCGGCUUCAAAAAGUCCGGGUUCAAGGCGGCCUUUGUGCCCGUUGUCACCGCCGCCGACAAGGCCGCCGCCGCCGCCGCGGUCGCGACUCCCGAGUGCGGCUCGCCAGUCUCUAAUAAGGACUCGGUCGUCGCCUGGUCAAAGGGCUUCGCGACGCCGGCCGCGUCCGACUACACGGAUUGCACGAGCGUGGCCGACCAGGAUGAGGACGCGGACCAGCAAGACGCCGAGAGCGAUUCCGACGACGACGACGACGACGGCUACAACACGUACAACCCGCGGUUCCCGACCGCGUGAGGGUCCGGCCAGCUUCACAAUCUCGCAUGACAUAUACGACUACACGAUUUAUGAGCGCUUGCCGAAGGACACAGAAGACAUAAUACGCGACGCAGGCCCGUGGGCAAUCAAGACAGAGAGGAGGAAGAAAACAAGAAUACGGAAAGAAGUACAAGAAACAAACACAUGCACUACUACUGGUGAUGCCCGUUUGGACCCGUGGUGGCCGGCCAGUUGUUGGGAGGGGUGAAGCCCGACAAGUCCCUCUCCAGCAUGCCCAUCAUGGACAGGUUGCUCGAGAACCAGUCGCCCAGCUGCGCGUUGUGGAACAUGUCCAUGCCGCCGCCGCCGCCGCCACCCGCAGCCUGGGCCGCCGCCGCCGUCUGCAUUUGCCCGGCAACGUCGGCGCCGCCGCCGCCACCGCCGCCGCCGCCAUUGGACCCCGGCAUGAAGCCCAGGUCGCGCAGGUACAUGUCGAACUCCAUGCCGACCGGGUACAUGGUCUGGUCCUGCAACGCACCCGCGCCGCCCACCACCUGGCCGUCGCCGCCGCCGCUACCCAUUUGGGCGGCCUGGGCGGCGGCUGCGUUCCUCUUGGUCUCGAGGUACAUGUUUGCGACGUUUGAAAGCGCGUUGCACAGCCGGUGCAGCUUGCUGAUGGGUUCCGACACUUCGCCCAGGCCUUCGAGCCCGGCCGUGAAGCGGUGUAGCCGGCUUAGGUCCUCCACGUCGGCUGUUUCGAUAACGUGGCAGAAGAUAACGAUAAAGGGAAUGAAUGGGGCAUACAGGAUGGUCCUAAAGGUAUGUUGCGUGGUUAGUAUUUGCAAUACAAAGGACGACGCAUUUAAAUAUCCCG